GAGGGAGGACAUGACACCCAGCACAAGCCACGCCCCCUCGCCCACCAGCCUAUCAAAACUUGGCCUGUCAAUAGUCCACCGCGAAAUCCUCAUUCUUAUUUCAGCCCCCAUGAUUUCAAGGACAUGACCACCUUCACUUCCCUCUUAAUUAUCAACCAAUCCAGCGCACAGCAACAGAGGCACGGCGGAAGAAGUAGAGUAGGCCCGUAGUCUGUGUUUGGGUCCUAAGAGUUGACACACAGAAGUUACUGAGGAGGAAUUAAGAUUUGCUGUCCUUCGGGUCGGGUCCUCGGGGCGGGUGACCUCAGGAGAUCAGGAGCGGCGCUGGCACACACCUCCCGGCCAUGUCUGCGGCCCGGCGUGAGCUGCUCAAGAAUGUCCUGCCGCCCAUGGGGUCAGCACGGCGAGGGCGGGCUUCUGGUGGGCUGACGGUGGGUGGGCGGAGAGACUACACCCCUGUGUCAUGGAGGAAGUAUUGGGACAUCUGCAAGGAUGUGACACUAGAGGACGGAGAUGUGUUCCGGGUGUACCAGCGGGGCUCUGAGGGGCCGCUCCUGGUGCUGCUGCAUGGGGGCGGCUACUCAGCACUCACCUGGUCACUCUUUGCUGAAUGUGUGACGGAGAUGGUGGAGUGUCAGGUGUUGGCAGUGGAUCAGCGAGGUCACGGAGACACCACCACUAGUGACGACACUGACCUCUCGGCCGCUACGAUGGCCAGUGACGUGGGCCGGGUGGUGGAGACCAUGUACGGCAGCAAGCAGCCACCAUGCGUGCUGAUUGGUCACAGCAUGGGCGGCGCCGUGGCUGUGCACACGGCUUAUGACCAACACAUGGGAGGCCUGGCAGGACUGGUUGUGAUAGAUGUGGUGGAGGGGACAGCAAUGGAUGCCCUCAGCUCCAUGCAAAGUUUUCUGCGAGGGCGACCACACAACUUCAACUCUCUUCAAAAUGCCGUUGAGUGGAGUGUUCGUUCAGGCCAAACAAGAAAUGUUGAAGCAGCUCGAGUGUCCAUGCCCGGUCAGGUUAAAAAUUUGGAGACAGGCAAGUGUGGCACAGUAGACUUGGAGACCAUGGAGGAGGCUCCCAAGGAAAUCCCUGCAGAUGGGCGGCGAGGCUCCACAGUGCGGGCAGAUGUCAUCAUGGAGGAAGGCUCGGAGGGUGAUGCUUCAAACGAAAACUCCCUUGGAUCUGAGAACAACUUGCCGGUUACAAAAUACACCUGGCGAAUAAACUUGGGAGAGACAGAGAAGUUUUGGCCUGGAUGGUUCCAAGGCUUGUCUACCAAGUUUUUGUCCAGCAAUCCAGCAAAGAUGCUGCUGCUGGCAGGCAUUGACAGGCUGGACACAGAUCUCACAGUGGGGCAAAUGCAAGGCAAGUUUCAGAUGCAGGUGUUGCCGCAAUGUGGCCAUGCCGUGCAGGAGGACACCCCAGACCGUGUGGCUGAGGUGCUGGCCACCUUCCUGCUACGCCACAAGCUUGCUGUUGCAAAAGCAGAGUUCCAUAGCCUUCCCCUACUCAAAGCAGAAGCUUCCCUGCUUGCUGAUAGUGAGAAUGAUGACAGUGGCCAGUGAGGGACAGCAGCUAAACACAUCACCACAACGGUUGGGAGGCAGGUGUAACGACUAUCUUCAUACCCUCUUAUGUCCACGUAACUCUGUGCGUAGCUUAGUACAGGUGUUCUGUCUAGUAGUGGUCAGACAAAUUUAUGCCACCAGGAGGUCCUGUUGGGUUAUGUGAUACAAAAAUGUAUUAAUAUUUCUGUCUUAAUGUGCAACACUUAAAUCUUAACACAGGUAGGUCUUAACUGUGCAUCUGACACUUGUAGAAACUAAUUGUGCAUCUGUUGUAGAAUAUAUGACAAUAAUUUUCUUUAUUACUUGUACCACUCUUGCCAGCAGUGUCAGAGUUGGCAUAGAUCCUGUAUACCAGUGAGAGCCAAGAAUCAAUGCAAUUUCAAACUUUAUCACUAUGUUCUUGCACUCUACUAAGCUUUUGCAUUAUUUUUAAAGUUCAUUAUUUAUACAUGACACAAUAUAAGGCACCUAGUUUUCAUGCCAGGAAAGGACAGUAAUGAGUAAGAUAACAAUACCUUUUGGUUACCUUUAUCAUUGACAUAUCUACAUGUUCUGAAAUGAUAAUUAUAAUAAACUGUGAGAACGCCAA